AUGGAGCGUUUGCCACGACCUCCUCGGGAGAUCCCUGAGAUUGCACAAGCUCAGACCUGGCAGGAGCUUGUUGCGGCAUUGACCCCGAAAGAGGCGAAGACGCUGGAGCAACUCCUUCGAGACUCGGGCAAGCGUUCGGACAUCCUCCCGAUGCUGCCUGUAGAACUACAGCUGCAGGUCUUGGGGUGGAUCGACAGCCAUGACAUCUGGCCUUGCCUCAACGUCUCCCGUGUGUGGAGGACAAUGCUGCUUCAGGGAGAUGCCAUCGCGUCACUGUGUAGGACGCACUUCCCGCGGUUGCCAGAAGCUGCGGCCCGGCGGGGUUUGGCAGCAGGCGAUGUCUUCUUUGAAGCCGCUAGGAGGCGCCAUCUGAUUGCCCAUGGCCAUUUCCGCUCUGUCCUUUAUCAAAGUUUGGGCCUGGAGAGCGCGCCGCGUGAGGGUCGAGAUUUUCGAUAUGCAGACAGAUUCUACGCCCAUGGACGUCUUGCUUGGCGGCCUCUGCAGCCCGAGACUGGCUAUGCAUCAACCGUCAUCGUCGAUGAGUUCAAGAGCGGCCAGAGAAAGUUUCACAGAGCACCACGCUCUGAGCUCAUUGGAGGCGCAGUCGAGUUGAAGGCGCUUGGCGACACCUAUGUGAUCGCAACUCAACGAUGCUAUCUCUAUGCAUGGAAUCUCGACACAGGUGCCUUCUCCAGCGUCACCCUACCCAGUCGCGCUGAACAUGUAGCGACUCGGGGUGAUCUGACUGUCAUUAUUGGAAAGGAUGGCGGCGUUUACCUAUGGAGGAUAAACGAGAAGGUCACUCAACUCAAAGCGUCUGAUUCUCCAGAGGAGCUCAUGAGCUUGAAGGAUAACUUUCGGAUUGGCGAUUUCUCUGAGGUUUUCCUUCCUCCUAACUUUAGGGCCGACCUCAUUGUCCAUGCAGAUAUCGAAGAGACCUUGUUCUUGGCGAUUCAGGGUGAGGACGAGUCUGGCAAAGCUCUCAUUACUGUCUGUGAGUGGCAGGUCUCGGGCAACAAAACAACUUUUGUCUAUGCUCAUCGGUAUCGUGUGGGAAGCAUACCCGACUAUUGCCCGGACGAUGGGAUAUGGUUCAAAUGCCAGGCUGCCGAUGCAUUUGGGUCAUACAUUGUUGGGGCAAUCUGGAAAGAGGACAUACCGCAACCCAUCAGGCGAUCCUGUCAGUCUUCCAAUGACGAGCAGCUACCACCCCUUAUCCCGAUCACUUUCAACGUCCAUACGAAGACCUUUGAUGCCCAGAGUUACCAUCCCGUCAUGCAUUAUCGGUGCAGGGAUGGGACAACAAGAUGGCCGGAGGACGCAGAACUAGAGUGUCACUGGUGGAACGGGUUGUGUUUUGCUUGGACUCAGCAGUUGCUGAGCUAUGCGCGGCCUUCCUCGGUAUAUCCUAUCUUUGCCAUACAGCCAUCAAACUCUCACACCCUUCGAAAAACCAACAAAACGCCGACAUUGUACACACACCAGCGGAAUGCAGAUGAGCUGGCUAAGAAUGUCUCCGGAGGGCCUAUCCGAGUCCUUGGACCCUUGCCCCGCGGGGCUCGGCAUCCGAAUACCAGACCGACGACAUCUAUUCACAGGCUGACAGAUAACCCUACAGCCCUCAAAGAAACCGCGCUGGGACUUGCCGAGACAUUCAUGAGCACGCACUGCGAGGUUUCCAUAAGGACAAUUUCGUCAAACAAAAUCGCUUACGCGCUGGACUGGGACAUGAGUUCUGCCAGCGAAGACUCCUUGGAGGGAUGGCGUUGCGUGGACGAAUUUCGAGCUAUGAAAUGUCUCUAUCUGUGUGGCGACGACGACUUCCUGGUCUGUGUCCACGAUAGGGGAUACACGAUAUUCAGUUACUAG